CCUGGCGUGUGGGCGGCGGCGCGCCCGUGCCCGCGCAGAGGAGAGGCCAGCCCAGGCGGCCGUUGUGGGGUUCGACUAGAGGGGCGGGGGAGUCACCUGCGAGCGGCGGUGCCGCCCGCUCGCCCGCCCGCCCGCCCGCCGCGUCCGGAUCGCGCCGGCUGCGCGGGGCCGCUGGCUGCACACACCCAGGGAGGCUGGGGUGGCGGAGCGGGCAGAGUCCGCGCCCGGCGCCCCGGACGAGCAGGAGUCGGAUCUUCGCCGCUGUCGCCGCCGCCCGCGCCCGGCUGGGUUUUGCAGUGAAGGUCCAAAGGUUAGCAACAGCUUUCUCAGUUCUUGUAGAGUCAGUGGAGCCGUAAGGGCAGAGCCUACCCUUGUGGAGAGCAAGAGGGCUUCAUAAGGACCCAAGACUGGAGGAGACAAAAUUCAGGAAUAAUCAGAACCUUUACAGUGGAGGCCAAGAAGGGGCUACUAGCAAAAGAUGGUGGAUCGCUUGGCAAACAGUGAAGCAAAUACUAGACGUAUAAAUAUAGUAGAAAAUUGUUUUGGAGCAGCUGGUCAACCCUUAACUAUACCUGGAAGGGUUCUUAUUGGAGAAGGAGUAUUGACUAAGUUGUGCAGAAAGAAGCCCAAAGCAAGGCAGUUUUUCUUAUUUAAUGAUAUUCUUGUAUAUGGCAAUAUUGUCAUCCAGAAGAAAAAAUACAACAAACAGCAUAUCAUUCCCCUGGAAAAUGUGACUAUUGAUUCCAUCAAAGACGAGGGAGACUUGAGAAAUGGAUGGCUUAUCAAGACACCAACUAAAUCAUUUGCAGUUUAUGCUGCCACUGCCACUGAGAAAUCUGAAUGGAUGAAUCACAUAAAUAAAUGUGUUACUGAUUUACUCUCCAAAAGUGGGAAGACACCCAGUAAUGAACAUGCUGCUGUCUGGGUUCCUGACUCUGAGGCAACUGUAUGUAUGCGUUGCCAGAAAGCAAAAUUCACACCUGUUAAUCGUCACCAUUGCCGCAAAUGUGGUUUUGUUGUCUGUGGGCCCUGCUCUGAAAAGAGAUUUCUUCUUCCAAGCCAGUCCUCUAAGCCUGUGCGGAUUUGUGACUUCUGCUAUGACCUGCUUUCUACAGGGGACCUGGCCACGUGCCAGCCUACUAGAUCGGACUCUUACAGUCAGUCAUUGAAGUCUCCUUUAAAUGAUGUAUCUGAUGAUGAUGAUGAUGAUGAUAGCAGUGACUAAGGACAUGUUUUGAAAUAUUUAAUUGGGUGUGACUACCUGAGAAAUCAGCUCUGGGGGGAAUGUAAAAUUCUGAGCUUUCUCUCAGUUUUGCUCUAGCCGUGAAUUUGCCUGAGAAACUUUUAACCUAUGUGCCUCAAUAUAUCCUAUAGAAAAUAGGUCCUGUCAUUGUGUCCUCACCCCCAUCCCCACCCAACUCCCCGCUCUUCUACAGGGAUAGAUUAUUGGCAAGUAUAUCAGAUAAAUGUUGGUUUCUUAUUCUUGUUUAAUUUUAGAUUAUUUUGUUGGAAGGUUGGGAAAAGAUGUUUAUUUAACAGAUCAUGUACUACAUUGUUGUUUACUAUAUGUUCUGUUAUAUGGAAAAACUAAAAGCAAAAAAUGGGAAAAGGAGUAUAAUGCGGUUAGCUAGUAUUAUUACCUUUUUCCUAACCAUCCUAUCUAAUAGUUAAGACACCAGUAACAAAACAUGAUUUGAAAAUAUUUUGUCUGGCUGUUUCAUAUACCAAGUGGUGCCUUAUCAUAGUAGCACUGUUACGUGAAAUUAGCCCCUACCUUCUCACUUUUAGUUUGUUUUGAAAAUACACUGGUGCUCUAUGAGGUGAUAAAAUGAGCAUUUAUGAAUGGGUGUAAUUUAAAAAUACUUCUCAUCUUCCAGCUACAAAUAACUAAAUUUAGAGCUUCUUCAUUCUAUAGGGAUAAAUAUUUUUCCAUAAAAUAGUUGUGAUUAUAUUUUUAUGUUUUAUAGGUACCAAAUUAUAAUUGUUAAAUAUAUAUUUUAAAUCUGUUAGGUUUUCAUUCUUAAGAAUUUGGUUUGAAAUUUAUCAAAUACAGAAUUGUCACAUUUCAUUAGUUUCUAUUUUAGUAAAAUGUAUUUGUACGUAUAAAUUCAUCUGCUUUAACAUUACUUCUAGAAUGAAAAAUCUUAUAAAACCUUUGAAAUUAAACAAACUCUUAAAAAAAAAUCCCAUGAUAGAGCACAGAUCUACUUAGGCUGAAGACUUGGAAGAAAUAAUGUGUAAGAAUGGUCAAGACCAGUUAAGUUUGACUAGACUUUAUAUUGGUGGAAGUAUUGUCUAUUUCAGUGUGAAACUAUCUUGAAUUUGCAAAUAUAGUGUUAUAUUUUAUGAAGUUUUGUAAAGUCCCAAACAAUAUUUCUAUUUUUGUAAAACAAUUGUAUGUUUAAUCUGUUUCUGAAAUCCUUUUGCAAUCUGUAGAAAUAGAGUAGCAAUUGAUCUUUCUAAAUUGUGAACUUUAUUGAGUCAGUGAUUGCUUUUGAGAAUUGGUAAUUUUUCACUCUUUGCUUUUGAGGCAGCCAUUUAGGUUGAAAGUGUAUUUAUCAUAUAAAACUUGAUGCAUUUUGCACUAUUCUCUCCAUUUGUAUGCUGCAAAUAACUACAGUCUUUCAAAUAUGAAAAAAUCAGCCUAAAGUUUGUUAUAAAUUCCAAACUUUUUUGUUUUUAAACAUUUAAAUCUGGAUAUAUUGCGAAUGUCAUGAGUUUUGAUUCAGUAAUGUGAUGGAGAAUUUUGGGGUUUGCUUACGGCACUAAUUUUACUGUUAAAUUGUGAAGGUAGAUAUAUAGAUUUCCCUGUAGGAAAUGUGAAACAAAGACACAACAGUUUUUUUGUUUGUCUUAAUAUCAGAUGGACAUUUAUUUCCAAGCAAUAUAUACAUAUAAUUAAUCAACAUAUCUCAAAAUGACCAUGAAACCUGAGAAGUGCUAAUGGAGACUUGCUGGUACAUAGGAACCUAGCAAAUUCAAGAACCAAGGGGAAAUGUUCUGGGAUGACAUUUGCAUUGUCAACGUCUGUUGACUCUGUUUUUACAAUAAAAAAUAUUUUACAACUUAACUCUGUGCAUAUUGUGACUUGAAGAUUUUUUCCCCCCUUUUUAAGGUAAUGGAGGUAUUAUGCAUAUUUUGCUUCUUUCAAUAGCUGU